GCCGACUCACACUGACAAUUACAUCAGCUAGGGAGACAUAGUAGACCAGUGUGUGGAUGCUCCUUGCAGCUUGUUGCUUCAAAGCAAAACAAAGCGGUCCGUGGAUCGGCCGAUUGACUUGUUCCUGAAGACAUGAGGUCCCGUUGCUAGAGGGUAGACGCAGUCCGGCCAAGAGAGGAGACUACGGGGGGCAGGCAUGGCAGUGCGCAUCAUACGUGGACUGGAAGACCUGGUGGCGUCUGGGAGCCAGCUCGUCUGGAGCCUGGCUCACGAGACGCUGCGGACGUGGUACAGUCGUGGGCUGAUCCCAUGCAGGCGCCUCUUGGAAUCCUGGUUCAAGAUAGGAAAAUGCUACCAGAUGACCGAAGGUCGUGUGUGUCAGAUCCACCUCCUCGACGGCAGGAAGCUGGAGCUGCUGGUUCAGCCGAAGUUGUUGUCUCGGGAGCUGUUGGAUCUGGUGGCGUCUCACUUCAACCUGAAGGAGAAGGAAUACUUUGGCUUGUGCUUUGUGGACGACAAUGGCCAGAAUAACUGGCUCCAGCUGGAUCGUAAAGUGCUUGAUCAUGCUUUCUCCAAAACGUCGGGGCCACUGGAAAUCAAGUUUCUUGUGAGGUUUUAUGUUGAGAAGAUCACCCUGUUGAAAGAGAACACGACUGUGGAGCUUUUCUUCUUAAACGCUAAAUCUUUAGUGUUUAAUGAAACCAUUGAAGUGGAGAGCGAACAUGUUUUCAAGUUAGCCGCUUUCGCAUUGCAGGAGGCCAAAGGAGAUUAUUCCAGUGCUGAGACUACAGCAUCGGACCUGAAGCAGCUACCAGUUCUCCCCACCAGAGUACUGAGGGAGCAUCCAUCGCUUAACUACUGUGAGGAGAGAGUGAUUGAACAUUACAAGAAACUCAAGGGAGUGACCAGAGGACAAGCCAUCGUAAAAUAUCUGGCCCUGGUGGAAUCUCUGCCCACAUAUGGAGUUCAUUAUUACCCUGUGAAGGAUAAGCAAGGAAUACCAUGGUGGCUGGGAGUCAGCUAUAAAGGCAUCGGCCAGUACGAUUUGCAGGAUAAGUUGAAACCAAGAAAGUUGUUUCAGUGGAAGCAGUUGGAGAAUUUGUACUUCCGGGAGAAGAAAUUCGCAGUGGAAGUGAACGACCCGCACAGAAGAACAGUGACCAGACGGACUUUCGGACAAGCCGGCCUGGUUAUCCACUCCUGGUAUGCCAGCCACUCUCUGAUCAAAACCAUCUGGGCGAUGGCCAUCAGUCAGCACCAGUUCUACCUGGACAUGAAGCAAACCAAAUCCAACAUGACCACAACCAGAAGCUCGAGCGACAUCGCCGUGGACCUCACCGAGCUCAAUAUCCCGCGGAUCAGCAAACUCUCCAUCGUGGAGAGCAACGACCCGCUCAUCAUGGCCAGCAACGGCAGCCUCAUCUCCACCGGUUCUGCGGACUCUGAAGUCAGCGAGGAGCAGAAGAAGGAGAAGAUUGCCGAGUUAAAAAAGAAAGAAAAGGACCUUCAAGACACACUGACGCAGAAGCUUGAAGAACUAAAAAAGAUCUGCCUGAGGGAAGCUGAGAUCACAGGGAAGCUGCCUAAAGAGUAUCCCUUGGCAACGGGAGAGAAAGCUCCUCCGGUGCGUCGGCGCGUCGGGACGACUUUCAGGCUGGACGACCUGAACCUUUACGACAAGGACCCUCACAUCAGAAACCUGGAGAGCAAGCGCUCCCUGCAGCAGAAGAUCGUAGAAGCGGCCGAGAGGCUGCUCAAAGAGGACGGCCUGGACAAAACAGUGAAGAGGAAAAGAAGAAACAACCACCUGGACUCCAAGAGGAAGCUGGAGGACAUCGAGAGAGAGAUUAAUAACUACAAGAUAGGAGCCAGGUCUGCUCCGAGAGGCUCGUUGAUCUCAGCAGAUGACGUUCAAUGUUCAGAGCUCAGCUCUCUUUCUGGCAGCCUCACUUUGGAUGAUGACGAUGAACUGGGUUCUCAGAGGGAGCGGUCUCGAUCGGUCCAGUAUUCCCCAAGGCCGCACCACGCCGUGACUCUGGACAUCUUUCACAACAAAGACAGACGGGUCUCCGCUAACGAUCAGCUCUCAGCAGGAAGUUCUAGGUUAAAUUAUGACCCAGUCCAGGAAUCGCUGCAUUACAGCCACGUUGAUGGUGUAUCAAGCAGCAACAGUCCACUCAGGCGGCCCUCCAGACAGCCGUGUGAUGCCCGCAGCAUGCCUCCUACACCCCUCCUCACCCGCAACGCCUACAGCAGCACGCAGCUCAGAUCGGAGGACGCCGCUCAGCAUUUCCACCAGAGAAGUGGGAGUUUGGAGUCUCUGUCUCAGCUCAUGAUGGAGACCAAACCGCCCGUACCGUGCGUCACCGUCUCCGCCGCUCGCCGCUGCAACAGCACCGAGGUCAUCGACGACGGCUCGUCGCACACCAGCCAAUCCAGCGUGGAGUACAGCGCGCCCGGCAACCACACCCAUCGGCGUCGGACGCGCGGUCGCCACAGAAACGACCUGUACGCCAACACCGGCAGCAUGCCCAAUCUUGCGCAGCCGGACACUCGUUGCUACGCCUACCAGCCUCAAGGGCGACCAAACACCACGGCGUAUUACAUCACCGGCUACCCCAACCACCUGGAGCCGGAGCCUUACGCCAACAGAGUUUACAUGUAUGAGGACGAGCUGGAGGGUCAUUACAACGUCAACCCCUCCUACCACCACUACCACCACGCGCAGCAGGGUUACUACGGCCACGACGUCCAACCACAGUACGGCUCGGACGUUACGGACAGCCUUCCGCACAACGUCUACGCCACGAUACGGCCGCCCAGGAACCGGCCGCCGACCCGCAGCACCGAGCAGGUCAGCAGGAGCAUCCAGAAGGCGCUGGUGGUGGAGCACCUGAAGGGCUGGUACCAACGCAACGCCCCGCAGAAACAGGAAACGCAUCACUAUGACAGAGGCUCACAGCACAGCCUGAGCUACCAGACCAUGCCGGCGCCUUAUCCUCACAACCACAGGAACAUGUACUACUCCUCAGUGUCGUCAGCCUCCUCCUCCAGCGGAAACUGGCACAUGAGUAAUCGCGGAAUGUCAGAUUACGACAUGCCCAUGCAUGAGUCCUUCUCCUGCUCAUACAGCACAGCUCCCUACGGCCACCCGACCCACAGCAGAUCCACCGUGGAUGUGAGCCACAUGGACUCCCAAAUGACCAACCAAACACACGGCAUGGAGCCAGAAGAGGAGAUUUUCUGGCACGAAGGCUCCAAACCAGGAACUAUAGUCUAGCUCUGCAGGAUUCCUUCGUGUUGAGCUGUCAUUGUGCCUUAGACUGCACUUACUAGUUUUGUUUCUUGUUUUUUGUCUAAAAUGGACUUGAAGAAUGAAGGAACUUAAUGGAACUAGCCCAAUGAAGUGCUGAGUUUCAGUUUUCUGCUGAAUGCAGUUUGCAAACCGAUAAAAGGGUUCUCUCCACUGGAGCCAACUGGAACCUCAGGGAGUUUGCGGUGGUUAUCGCCUGUGCCCUGAAUCCGAACCUGCUGCAGACUGAACGCUUCAGGCAGAGGGCGAAUUCAGACUAAACUUUGACAGUGUUUGCCUUCAGAGAUGCCACCUUCACACAGACUCACACCGUCUCUGCUAAAACAAACAAAAAAAAAAAGGAACCUGAGCGAAUACGAACAACUUCAACAACUGACCUGGUUUUUGUUUUGUUUUGUUAUUGAACACUGGAACCAUGAAGGAGGAGCCAAACAUCAACAUGAAGGAAUAAACUCAUUAAAAUGAGUUAUAAAAAAAACAAUAUUUUACACAGUUUAUAACCCCAAUGAUUCAAACAACUAACCCACUUCCUUUAGUCUUUCAAUUGAUCACCGAACGCAAAAUAAGUGAGCCAAAUCCUUAUUUGUAGCACCAUGUGAGUAUUACAGGUCACCAGUUUGAGAUCACUGCCACUUCCUGUUUUGUGUUUGUUUAUUACUUGGUUUAUUUGAUCCAUGCUGGAAAUCAUGGGCUGGUGCUUGACCGUUCUCUCUAGAGAAUGAACCUGUAUGUAAGUGUUGUUAUUGUAAAUACACUGGUUCUCUGCUCUUUUUUUUUUAUGCAUUUUUUUAUAUAUUUGGGGGGAGGGGAGAGCACAUGUAAUAUAUAGUGAACGAUAAUUGUUAAGCUGGUUCUUAGUUAUUUGUAUAAUUGUGCGUUUGUUUGCAAUAAAAAAAUCCUAUUUGA